CGGCGCCGGAAGCUGUUCAGACAGCCAGUCCGAGCAAUUAAUCGUCCAUUUGGCCAGUCAUUCCGUCAUUCCAUCAAACCCCUCUCUCAUUUCAUCAAUCCGGGACAGCCAGGGCAGCCAGGACAGCCAGGACACCGGCAGGACAGCUGCAUUCGCGGCAUGGCCCUAAUCUGGCGGAUAGUUUGGUCUAAAAAUGGAGGUUUCUUUUCUAAAAAGGAUAUUCUGAAUACCCUUCCGUCCAAUAACUAUUAAGUUACUAGCUCCUAUCCCUCGUAGAACCCUCUAGAACCUACUAGACCCCUCGGAAAGGGUAUCCUAAACAUACUGAUACUUGUAACCCCGAAAUCUAGAUAGCCCCGGAAUACUAAACUGCCCCAAUUCGUGGCAUGCACGCCGCCAACGCAUUAAACAAUGAAAAGCUUUUAAGGACAACCCUCCACCCCACCCCAGACCGCCAGGAUAUCGCUAAUGACCAGCAGGCAGGCUUCGAUUAAGGAUUUCGGUGGACAAGUGAUUCAGUGCUGGGUCGCCGGACCUUGGCUCCGAUUUUCCUUUUUUUGUUUAUUGGUCGUGCGGGCGAGAAAUGUUCCUGAAACGGAAAUGCCGCAAGAGAGACGCCACCAUCAUCAUUCCCAUGCCCCCGGGCAGCAGCAGCAGCAGCAUCAUCAUCAGCCAGGACACUCCGCCACCAGGAAGCAACGGGCCCUGGAGACCCUGGUCAUCUUCCGCCGGAGUCUCAUCUACCAGACGAAGGAGUUCUUCCAGAACUCAACGCUCCACGGUGUCCGCUAUAUUGCGGAAUCGGGUCGACCCAUUGGGGAGAAGUUCAUGUGGUUCUGCUUCACAUCGAUUGGAGCUGUUACGGCGCUGGUGAUCAUCAUGAGUCUGUGGGAGAAGUUCCAAACGAAUCCGACCAUUACCGGCCUGGACACGGACUUUCACAAUCAGAACGUGGUAUUUCCCACCACGGUGGUCUGUCCGGAGGCGGCCUUCGACCAGGAGAAGGCCUACGCGUCGGUCUACAAGUCCAUGGCAAACUAUGACGAUGCCCAGGCCCAACUGUACACCCCCUUUCUGGAGCUGAUUACGUCGCUGAGCUUCGAGACGAUUCGAGAUGCCAAGAUGCUGGCCCAGUCGAUACCCAAGGACCAGUUGGAGGAGAACACCAUCCGGCAGUGGGCCUUCGAGGCGCACAUUAGCUGCGAGAGCACCUUUGUAUCCUGCAAGUAUCGGGACGAGGAGAUCCAGUGCUGUGACCACUUUGAGCCCAUCUACACAGAGCAUGGCUUCUGUUAUGCCUUCAACUCUAGGUUCAAGUCCACGGCUACAGAAGAUGUCAGGACAGGAGCUCCUCACGAUCUCUACGAAACGGACAAGAAGUGGGCUCUCUUCUUUGUCCCCAACAGCACCUCAAGGAUCUUUAUUUUUUCGAACGAGGAGUACUUCGGAUCGGACUUCAAUGCCCAGAUCGAUUGGUCGGAGAGCCAGCUGGUCGAGGUGAGGAUCUCCAAGAAGAACACCUACACCACGGACGAUGCCAGGCAGCUGUCCAUCGGCCAGAGGAAGUGCAUCUUCAGCGACGAGGUGAAGCUGAACUACUUCCCGGACGCCUACACCUUCUCCUCCUGCAUGAAGCAGUGCCGCAUGAACAAGGCCAUCAAGCUCUGCAAGUGCAAUCCGCCCUUCUACAAGCCAAUAGCCAAUGUGCCCAUGUGCAUGGUCAAGGACUUUGAUUGCCUGGACGAGUUCAAGGCCAACAUAACGAACAUCAAGGACUGCCUGCAGUGCGAACUGAGUUGCUCCAAGACUGUCUUCAACAUCGACAAGCUCAUAAAGAUAGUGGAUCGCCCGGAGAGCACUGGCGUCUUGGUGGAGUUCCUCACCUGGCCCAUUAUCCGGUACAAGCGGGAGGUACUCUUCGGCUGGGUGGACUUGUUGGUGUCCUUUGGCGGCAUAGCCAGUCUCUUUCUGGGAUUCUCCCUGCUCUCGGGGGUGGAGAUUAUCUAUUAUUUUACUCUGCGAGCCUGCUGUAUGGUCUACAAGAAUAGGCAAGAACUGUAUGAGAUCGAGGAGCGGAUUCAGAAGGAGCCACCGCCAGCUAUCGACUUGAAACUGAGCCUGAGAUCGCAUUCCAGGCAGCAGGUGGGAGCCACGCCCACCUCGGCAGUACUCCAAGUGAAGCCCGCCAUGGAGGGCUCGCAAGGAGGAGCCUCCCAAGGACCUCAAUGGCGUAAGAAUGAAAAGGACUACUCCUCCUUUGCCAAGAACCUAUACAGGACUCCCAAAGUCCUGCCCGACCAUGGCUAUAACUCUACUAACCCCAGGAAUCCCUGGACCACCUACGAUCACUCUCAGUAUAUGCCUUGAAAUCUUCAAAUAUAAAAUCAAAAGAUAAAGAUACAAAAUAUGGCACUUUAAGAUACAUGACUUAAACUUCCGUUUAAAGUUAUAAUGGCACUUGGAAUAAUUUUUUUUUGAGAAGAAGAAUAUAAAAAAAAUAAUUAAAUAAAAUUUGCAAGUAAAGCUUAUCCCCGCACCACUCUCAAGCUAUUAAUUACAAAAUCGAAACUAACUACUUGUAUUUAAAAAAAUAAAUAUUUAAUUAUAGAAUAUUGUAUCCUUGCACGAAAGCAAUAAAGAAAUAUCCG